CUGUCAAUCAAUCUAGGAGCUCAACCAACCAAAGCUGUGCUUUGAGGAGGGGCUUAGUCUGAAGGGCAUUGACACAGAAAGGUUACAGGCAUGAGGAGGAAUGUAAAUUGUCUGGUAGACUCUUACCGAUAUGCUGCAGUUCAGGAUUUUGUUUCAGAAAAUCAUAUGUUGUGAUUAACUUGUAUUUAAUUUGUGGUCCAGAAUACAUUACAAUAUGGUCCAUCUACCCAUCAAAGACUUCAGAGGAGCCUGGUUACAAGGCUCUGCUGAAAUGCCUGUCGGGAAAGUUCUGCAGCCGGGAGCUCAUUGGCAUCAUGGGCCCCUCAGGAGCUGGCAAGUCCACCUUCAUGAACAUCCUGGCUGGAUACAGGGAAACGGGAAUGAAGGGUCAGAUCCUGGUCAAUGGGAAGCAGCGAGACCUACGCACCUUCAGAAAGAUGUCCUGUUACAUCAUGCAGGAUGACAUGCUGCUGCCGCAUCUCACUGCACGGGAAGCCAUGAUGGUUUCAGUCAACUUGAAGCUAAACGAGACCAUGGAAGUGAAAAAAGAGCUGGUGAAUGAGAUCUUGACGGCCCUGGGGCUGCAGGAGUGCGCUCAUACCCGCACCAUCUCCCUGUCCGGUGGGCAGUGCAAGCGCCUGGCCAUCGCACUAGAGCUGGUCAACAACCCGCCUGUCAUGUUCUUCGAUGAGCCCACCAGUGGUCUGGACAGCGCGUCGUGUUUCCAGGUGGUGUCCCUGAUGAAGUCUCUGGCUCAGGGCGGACGCACCAUCAUCUGUACAAUCCAUCAGCCCAGCGCCAAACUCUUCGAGAUGUUCGACAAGCUGUACAUCCUGAGCCAAGGCCAGUGUAUCUACAAGGGGCCUGUUCCACACCUCAUUCCCUAUCUGAAAAACUUGGGCCUCCACUGUCCCACCUACCACAACCCAGCAGACUUCAUCAUCGAGGUGGCGUCGGGGGAGUAUGGAGACCUGAACCCCGUGCUGUUUGAGGCGGUGCAGGGUGGGAUGUGUGCCAUGGGGGAGAAGAAGCCGUCCAGCGACAAGACUGGCAUGGCCUCCUCCUCCUGCCCCUCGCAGUGCUUAAGCGAUUCUGGUCACAUAGAGAGCCACACCUUCGCCACCAGCACUCUGACCCAGUUCUGCAUUCUCUUCAAGAGGACCUUCAUCACUAUCUGCAGGGACACGGUGUUGACGCACCUGAGAGUGAUGUCACACAUCAGCAUCGGAGUGCUGAUAGGACUGCUGUACCUCAACAUUGGGAACGACGCCAGCAAGGUCUUCAACAACACUGGCUUCCUCUUCUUCUCCAUGCUGUUUCUGAUGUUCGCUGCUCUCAUGCCCACAGUCCUCACCUUUCCUCUGGAGAUGUCAGUGUUUUUGAGAGAGCACCUCAACUACUGGUACAGCCUGAAGGCCUACUAUCUGGCCAAGACGAUGGCGGACAUACCAUUCCAGGUCAUCUGCCCCAUCAUGUACUGCAGUAUUGUGUACUGGAUGACAGAGCAGCCCCCCGAAGCUUCCCGCUACCUGCUCUUCGUGGCUCUCUGUACCUCCACUGCCCUGGUGGCCCAGUCCCUGGGGCUCCUCAUAGGGGCUGCCUCCACCUCCCUGCAGGUGGCAACAUUCGUGGGGCCUGUCACUGCUAUCCCUGUGCUGCUUUUCUCUGGCUUCUUUGUCAAUUUUGACACCAUUCCCAAAUACUUGCAAUGGAGCUCCUAUGUUUCCUAUGUCAGGUACGGGUUCGAGGGGGUGAUCCUGUCCAUCUAUGGGAUGAACCGCUCGGAGCUGGAGUGUCCAGGGAAAGUGUGUAAGUUCCAGAAGCCGGAGGAGGUCCUUCAGAUGCUGGACGUAGAAGACGCCAAGUUGUACCUGGACUUCAUAAUCCUGGGCAUCUUCUUUGUGGUCUUACGGCUCGCCACCUACCUGGUGCUGCGCUACAAGGUCAAGUCCGAGCGAUAGGCCAGCCCCCUUUCUCCAGAACCUCUUUUAAGAAGCAGUCGAGCUGACGUCACAGUGGGAGAAAUCUUCUUCUGACAUUGCAAAAACGAACCAUCCGAGGAGAUACCAGAAGUGGGGGACGUUCUUUUCCCUGCUACUAUUGACUGGGCAGCAACAGAGGUGUUUGCAUGGGGGGGGGGGGGUUUCGCACGCGUUCGUGAGUGAGAGCUGAAAUCAGACACAAGCUUUGUUCCCUGGGCCUUUUGUUUUUAAAGGUACUUUGUUUUACAAGAACUCUAUUUCCUGGUGGUCUCGGAGAGAUGAGACAAUAAAACUGAAGACUAUACUGUAAGUCCUCCAGACCCUUGAUUUGCUUCCUGUUCUCACCCAGAGGAAGAAGAUCAGACUUUAAACGUGUGAUCAAUAUAUUGACCUUUAACCUUUUGAUGACCUAUGGGAGGUAGCUCCUGUGCUGAGAUCGCACAAGGAAUUGUGAGACAAGGAAAACCUAAAACAAGUAAACAUGACAAGUGUUGCAACUGGAAAUGAAGACUUGGUAAAAAUAUUUACCUCACUGGAAAACCAAGCUACCAUUCUCCAAGAAUCUUAGCUUUUAUGGUUAUGCCCCUGAGCCGGAAUAAUUCACACUCCCAUUACUAUUCUAUCUAUUUACCAUGCACUUGGCCAAUGGAAAGAAUUCUACAAAAGGAGCAUAAAAGAAACAAAAGUAUUUUUGGCAUAAAUUCAAGAAGGUUUGAUGACAAAUUAUUGUAAAAUUAUUUUAAACAUUGGGAAGAGUUUUCACCUUUUGAGUGUCAGGCAUAUGUAGGAAGGACGUUUAGAAAGGAACUUAUUGGUUUGUUGUUUUUUUUAUUCAAUCAUUUAAGUUAAUGAACAUUUGAUUGCUUAUUGAAUAGUCUGGUUUUACCUUGAAUUAAUUAUUUUUUUCAAAAAGGUGCCUGAAUCCUAUCACUUAAGUCUGGAUUUCACACUCCAUUCUGUAUCAGAUUACUAGACCAUGAGUUUUAUACAGUAUGUAAAUACCAUUGUUUCUUUUUUCUGCAUCUUGCACGUUUGUAUUAAUGCAUAGGCAGUUUGCCUCAAAGAAGUGUGUGUAUAUAUACAGCAUAUAUACUAUAUGCACUCUUAAUACAGGAAUUAUUCAGUUGACAGUAUCUUCCAUGGGACAGGAGACACUCCCAGCAGGACUAGGUUCGAACUACUGUAGAACGUGAACUGAUCUGAGCUUUAACAUUUGUCCACGACGACUGUCACAGAACUGGCUCCACUUGCAGUCUUUGCCCUUUCUUCACAUUCCCGAAGCCCCAUGGAAUACUUCCCCCCAAAAGGCCGACUAUGCUGCUGGUCUGAAAACACUGACAAAAAUUGCAGGCUAGGUGGGACCCCAGGGCAUUCACUGCAGAUCAGUAUUUCAAUAUAAGAGAAGGACCAACCAUGUUUGCUUGUGGGAGAGAAGCCCACUGUGUUGGGUACCUUUGCACUCUAAUGGGCUAAACCUUGGUGUCUAUGUAAAGCUCUGGAUUCAUAUCCUGGAACUGGAUUUUGCCAGUCUCAUAGUUACCUUCCUGUGUUUUGUCUUGUUCACAUACCGUUUGGGCUGGGUUUGCAGCGUGACGCCACAACAUGUCAGUUAAACCAAGCCUGGGGGAACUUUUCGUUUUCCAAGUCAACUCAAGUCUCCCCAGCCCUCUCUCCCUCCAGGGGCUGUGUCACUUACUCACUCGCCGAGAUCCAUAGGUUUGCUUGUGUGGCUUUUCCGAGUCCAGUUCUCCUGACCCUGAAAAAAAAAAAAAACAGGCAACGUCUAAUCAAAAUGUUUUCAACAUGGCAAAGAUGAGACCGAGCUUGGGACUGAGAAACAGUGAUGAGGGGGCUGGAAUAUUGACGUAUAGUACCUGCCACAUUGCAGUUCUGCAUUUGUUGUGACAAAUUGCCAUCCUUGCGUUUACAAAUUCCUUCUGCAGGUCAGCUGGGCUAAAGGUUUGUAAUUCAUGUGCCCAAUUUUGACCUUAUAUAUUGCAUUGUAUUGUCUCUCAUUUGAAUCUCUGAACUAUCCGGGUACUUCAGAAUGAAGCCGUUUCGUAUUGAAAGAAAUGGCUGUAAAUAUAUUUUAGCAUUUAAAAAAAAACAACCCCCGCUGAAUCAAAGGGUUGUCACCUGAGUGCGGUGUUACAGCCUGGGAUCCCAAUUACGGGAUUAAUAAAAGAAGUGAGACUACCGGCAACGCUGGCAUGAAAUGGAAAACCCGAGGGAGAAGAUCAGUCGGAAUUCUGUUCCUUACAGGAACGCACACUCGGAUGUUUGUUGUUCCUGGAGAUUCAACGUGUUCCUGCAAAGAAACUGAAUGUGUAUGAAGUGAAAACUAGACAAGUUUGGCUUGUAUGUGUGUACAGUAUAUUCAAUAGUUACAAAGACUGAAACUUCUGUGUGGGGGACUGCUGUUCCACUGUUAUGGAGCAAUCUGGGAGGACUGAUCACCUUGUGCAAUUCCUAACCCAUGUCCUUCUACACUGUAUAUCUCUCAAACGUUCCUAAAUGUGGAUUCAUCGUCACCUCAGCUCUCUACUCUGUACCACUCUAUUGCAAAGCAAUGCAAAAUGUCUUGAAUCCCAAUAGACUCUGUUGCUAUGAGAUGAGUUCUGAUUCCAACUAUUGUACUUACUAUGAAUAAUACUCAUGCUGAUAAUAUAAUAAUGACUGUACAGUAGCCUAAGUGUUAUGCUGUAAAAUGUAAAUAGGCACUUUUGUUGUUUGCUGAAGUUUUCUUUUUUCCAUGUUGGUUUUUGAACCAUUUGCACGUUAGAGGAAACUGGAUUUAGACAAAGAGAAAAGAAGAAAAAGAACAACACAGCUUUGUGACUUUGUUGAGUAACUCAUGCAGGAAAGGCAUUCUGGGAAAAUGGAGUAUAGACCAUGUUGUUUUAGUUUUUGGUCAGCGAAUGCAAGCAAUUGUACAAAGCUUCUGGAUUUUUGAAGGAAAAGUUUCACAAGCAAAGCGUAGAAGACAAAGAGAAGCUGAACUCAGUGGGAUGUAAAAAGUGGUCUCCUUUCUGAGGAAGUAUGACAUCUUGAGGGAUCUGCUGGAGCUACUUCCUGACCUGCAGUGAAGGACAGCAGGCAUAGAGGAAUUUAAUAUGGUAAAACGAGUCUCAUCUUGUUUGGAACAGGCAUGUACAGUGUCAUUUUUACCACGAUUUUCCAAUUUAUAUUAGUCAGUAACAAGGAUAUUCUCUUUCCUGUGAACAACUGUUUGAUUUGCAUACCCCAUUCUUCAUUUUUAAUUGAAUGAAUUUCUCACAAAAUAACUUCAGAGCAGACCGGAGUUUGCACAAAUGAGAAGGAGAGCCACGCAGACAGCUCUCUCGCAUUUCAGGAACUCCCUCCUAGAAAAAGCAGACUUACCGACAAAGUUUCCCUUUUCUAAAUUACACAUCCGUAAUGAAUCCCAGGAAACCAGUGGUCGCUGUGGUUCGAUGAAGUGAAUGGCAGUACUGGAAGAAUGAGGCUCACCAGAUGAACUAAGAUGAACAGAUAUGAGAUCUCGAGUCAACAGUUCUUUGGGUCUCUUCUGUGUGCCUUACAAAAGGGACCAAUUUUCUACUCGCCCAGUAGAUCUCUAAACUCAUCAGGCUGAGACACAGCAUGAAGAAGACCCAAAUAAAUUGCAAAUGUACUUUUUUCUUACAGUUGGGACCGUGUUUGUUUUAAGGGGAGGGGAUGUGCAGUCCAAGAACUGCUUCGCCAUGGAGUUGUUCAACUCGAGCUCUAGAACAAACAUAGGGUCCUUUCAAUGUUGUUUUGCCAACUAAAUAGCAAAUGAAGCUAAUUUGCUGUGCAGAAUUGGCUCCUCUCAGUACGUAUGAAUCCAUUAUUUAAUAACACAAAACCUGCAAGCAUGUCUGCUCUUCUGCAACACGUUUGGCCUGUGUUACUAAAGGUUCUGGCAAUUUUGUUUGUAGAACAAGUGAGGGCGUUCCUGAAACUCUUGAAGUGUGUGCUCUGUUGCUAUUUAUAUACUGUAUGUGUUUGUUACAGUAUGUACAAUCUCUCCCUCUCCAGCCUAGUCCCCAAAGAGUGAAAGCUGUAGAGACAGAUACUGUAAGAGUCCCCCUCCAAUCCGCCAUCAUUGAGAGCUGUAUUCUGUCACUGUAUCUCAAGUUUGUAUAAAAACAAAAACAAACUGCUGUGUGAUUAAUUGCAGAGACCUGGAAAAAGGAAAAAAAUGUAGCUUUGUCGGUUUGUUUGCACUGAGGAGUUUUUCCUAAAAGCCUUAGGCUUUCCAGUGAAUUUUGUGUUUCGCGGGAAGGUUGUGAAAUCAUAAAAUAAUACAGCUGGUUAGUACACAGGUUAGGUUCACAGAACAUAGCCUCAGGUUUCAACAGGGAUGUCAAAGUUUUAACUUUCAAGACUGUUAAAACGUGUGGUCACGCCUUUUCAAGCACGUAUCACGAAUUUGAGUGCAUCUUUCUCCUGAAUCGAGUUACUACCUGACUAGUUGGGUCAUUUUGUUUUUGGAUUCAUAGUGAGUUUGUGCAGUAGAGUUCCAUAGGAGAAGCUGUUAUUCGAGCUGAGUCAACAGGCGAAUGUGGGGCUCAUUGGGAAGCACAUGAAAACAAUAGGACAUACAGUAAGAAACAGAACUUUUUAAAGUGAAAGCACACUGAAGCAAUCUAACUCCCACAGAGCGAUUCUUUUUUUAAUACAAACACCAUAUGUGUGUCAUAGUGUCAUAAUAUGUAGUACCUUCCAAAUUAACAGGUCACUGUGCGCAUAUGUUCUAUAAGAAACUCAGUCUUUAUAUUUGUAUUUGGGCUCCAGUUAUGCUUUGUUAAGUAGAUCUAGGCUAAUUUCAAAACCUGCCACCAUUGUUCCACCCCAAUAAAACAGGAACCUGAACAAUCAGUAGGACAUUAAUGCCAAAGUUUUUAUUUAGUGGUAUAUUUUUAAAAAACACACCAUCCUGCCAUCUUCUGGCAUUUGCCAUUGUCAGUAGCAUUUACUUCUCUUGAUUUUGUCUCAUGUUUAGCCUAGAGUGUCACCAGGCCUCGACCACCUAUCUGCUCUUGAAAGGGUUUGACCAAAAAAUGGUUUUGAAGCUUUUCUGUGUCCUAUUUGAUUUUGUUCUACUUAUCGAUGGGCUACUAUUUUGGACUUUGUUUUUGCACUUUAGAUGGAGGGCUUCGUAAUGAUUAUUUCAGGGCUGCUACCAAAAACAUCCAGUUGGUGGGAGAUUAAAGAUAUUUCCAUCUAAAAGGGACUAAACCAUAAGAUGUUUAUGCAGGUCUACACAUCUGGGUGUUAUAUGGUUCCAAAACCAGACUGAUUGUUCUCCUCUGUACCUUUUUGCCAUUGUGAUGAAUGUACUGUAAUCUGUUAAAUGACAUAAUAAAAGAUGGCAAUUAGAUCUGUUCACUGCAGGAAUAAGAAGGGGAGCACUUUGACUACUCAUUGCUCAGUCUUCACAGGACUUUUUAUGCGCGGCAGCGUUUUCCAGAUUUUAAUUAGUCAUUCAUUUUUGUCUAUCGCAGAUUAAGUGGGACUGUUAAUUAGUGCCAUUUUCUUACACCCUUUCACAAUAAUAAUAAACAAGACAAAUAACUGUGCAUCAACAAGUAGUAAUGCAUUUUUUAAAAGCACUUUAUGAUGUUUUCGUUCUCACUGUAAGCAAAUGCAAAGCACACACCCAGUUGAACAGAAUAAACUAUAACAACUGCAAGCAUUAAUGUGAAUUAUACCGUGCCUCCACACAUACACACAUUACCCAUUACUGAUUAGAGCAGGGGUCUCCAGCCAGGUCCCAUACAGCCCCAGUUUAAAAGUAUGGCUAAACAUGUAAGAUAUACGGUAGAUGAAUCAAGUAAAUUAUAUGUUCAAUUAAGUGAUCUCUGGUCCUUGAGGGCUGAGGAGUAUUUAUAUUUUAGUUCUAAAUGGUCUCUAAAUUACUCAGUCUAAUAAACCACAUGCCACUCAGUUUUCAUGAUGGAAUUAUUCAAUGUCUCCCAAAACUGGUGACCUACACAGCCUUCGGGACCAGGGUUGGAGACCCCUGGGCUUCACGAUUGGUGUCAAUCUGAGGAUUUGACGUUGAAAAAGACAUCUCCCCUUGCAUCAGCACCUGCAUUACCUGACACGGGCUUUGAGGUGACUGUGCUGAUGUGGAUACCCGGUGCUGUGAGUGGGCUAGUGCACCUAUAUCAUUCUCUAGCGCGCUGUUAGCCAGUCCCCAAGCCACAAAGCUCCACUGCUGUAAAAGACAUAGUACAUUUUUUUUAUCAGGUUUAAUCUUUUUUUCAGUUAUCAUGUUGCAAGAUGUUCCUGUUGUAUUCUGUUAACAUGAUUACUACUAAUAAAAGCAUAUAUUUAUAUUGUA